GCGCGCACGUGACCAGUCUCCGCUUCAGUGCGACGGGGAACCCGCUCUGCGUCCUCCUGCCAUCGUCAGCCAGCCAGACACCACCACCCUCCGUUACUUCGACGACGCCGGUAUGUAUGUCCCUGGCUUGCCGCCGUCGACCUCUGCUACCGCCUGCGCGCGCAAGGCCCCCGCCCCGAUUGAUCGUGCGCUACUCGGUACUCCGCUCCACCCUCGCCGAUCCGGCCUCCCUCUCACGCCCGCAACAUAUACUUGACCUUGCUACGUGUCGCGUUGGAUGGGCAACAGUUCAGUCUUGUCUUAGAGGCCCUAUGUGGACGUGUCAUUCGCUGCGGCGUGUGCGCGGAGGGGAUGCCCACGGAACGGAGCUUCCGGUGUUGGUUUCGUAAAGCAGAACUUCCAGGUCGAUGUUGGCAUGCUGCUUUUUUGGCCGUCCCCGUUGCCUGGCUCGCUGGCAGGGCCUGGCCGAGUGAUGGUGUUCC